UGUCAAAAUUUGGCCCAUCUGUAGAUGCGCUGGGCUGCAGGUCUGGUAGCUUUGCAGUCCAAGCAAAUUGAGCCCAAAAUAAUGGGUUUAAUUCCCCGUGGAACUCGAAUAUUCCUCUCUUCCUCCGGAGUCCGGAGUCCACACACACUCAUAUUCCCAUUAUUUCGCUGCAGUUGCUGUCGAAAUCGCUCUCGCUAGCCUCGCUCGAUCUCGGCGCGACGCGACGCGCGCGCGCACAGGCAAGCGGCGGCCGGCCGGCCGGCAUGGUGGUCUCGUACACGCAGGAGCACGUGUACCGCCACCCGUGGCACCGGGUGACCGCGGCGGCGUGGCGCAAGUUCACGGACGCGGACGCGCGGGCGGCGCCGCUGUCGCACAUCCUCGAGGUGCACACGCUGUCCCGCCGCGUCGACGCUGGAUCGGGGCGCAUCGACGCCGUGCGCGCCAUCGCGGGGCGGGCGCCGCCGCUCCCGCUCCUCCUCCGCGGCCUCGUCGCCGCCGCCGACGUGGUGCUCUGCGUCGAGCACACCACCGUGGACGGGCCCGCACGGGCCAUGCGGGUGAUCUCCCGCAACGCCAACCUCCGGGCGCUGGUGCACGUCGAGGAGACCUGCAGCUACCGCCCGCACCCGGAGCGGCCCGACGAGUGGACGCUGUUCCGGCAGGAGACGAGCAUUCGGUGCGCGCCGCUCGCUGCCGUGGCGGCCUGGGCGGCCGAGAUGGUGGAGCGGCGGUGCGCGGAGAGGUUCAGGCAGAACGCGUCCCAGGGGAGGGAGGUCGUCGAGACGAUCUGUGAACGCCUCGCGCUUGCAGAUCACUGACUGCUCGGUCUAGACGAAGAACAUUCUCAAACUUCAAUUCUGCUUCGGCAUCGAAAGGGAAAGGAUUUGUCUAGAGAUUGCCAGUUGCAGAUUUGCAGCAUUUUCGAAUGAAAAAAUGUCGUUUCUUGAUGUUGCGAACACUGUAAAUUGUAACGAAGUUUUACAUCUGCGGGAUUCCACGCGUGGGAGCGCCGCUCUGUCCCGAGAUGUUUCUCUAAAUUUUCUGCGUUUGGAACGGCAUCGAAUGCGCCGACCUGUCAACCUGUGAAGUGAGACACGAUCGCCUGAGAGCUCCGGACGUUGACACGAUCACCUGAGUCCUGAGGCUGAGGUGAGAAGAGCGCGGCCUGUGCCAGAAAACUCCAGGCGUGGACACGAUCACACGACGAAUAUGCGGACGGAAAUCGAACAACAGAGCAGACGUCGUCGUCUGAACAGGUAUUGCUGAAAUCUUUCCAGGGGCUCUGCCUGUUUCGUUAUGCCGUGGGGUCGCGGUGGGCCAAAUAAAGAUCCAUAUUUGUGCACGAGAAAAGCUGCCAUAAUAGCCCACGAAAUUCGGCUUGCCCUAAGCCUGUAAGCCUAAUUCAGCCCAUAAAUAUCGACAGAUUGAACAGCCCAUCAUGAUACCACCCAUUUCACGUUCGGAAAAGUACACCGAAGGUCCCUCAACUUGCUACCGAGAUAAAAAACGUCCUCGAACCGCAAAACCAGAUAUCAAGGUUCCUUAACUUACCAAAACCGGUUACAAUAACUCAUUCGGUGGUUUUGAGCCCGUUUUUAUCCUACGUGGCAGCUGAGUCAGCAUGUACCCCACGUGUCAGACUGCCACGUCACAUCUCUUCCUUGGUGUACUUUUUCCUUCACGGGGAGGAGUCAAGGGGGGUUCCACUUCCUUUUUCUGUUCUUUCUUGUUUUAUUUUGUCUCUUUCUCUCUGUUUCUUCACUUCGCCGUUCUCUCUCUCUGCCUUUUUUUUUCCUCCUCACGCGUCACACGCGCGCAGCAGAGGAAGGGCGCCAGCGACGCAGGUGAUGGGCGGCGGCGGUGGGGAAGAGGGGCCGGCAGCGUGGAAGGGGGAGAGCUUGGCGGCAAGGAGAGGGAGCCUGGUGGCGGCGCGGUUGCACGCAGGAGGAGAGAGGCUGCGAGGCGCGGCGGCUUGGCAGCGCGGCCGGGAGACGGCGCAGAGGGGAGGAAUCGAGGUGGCGCCAGGCGGAGGAGGGAGGGAAGGGAGUGGCGCCGGGAGGAGAAGGACGGGGCGCCAAUUGGAGGGGGCGCCAGCGGCGGCAUCGGCUCCGAUUGGGUGAUGGCCGGCUAUUAACGACCCAGGCCUCGUGUUUUUCAUCAACACCGGCGCAUCGCCGCGGCGCGGCGGUCGGCGCCUGAGGGAAAAGGGGUGGCUACUCGGCGGUGCCCGUCUAGGUGCGACGACAUUUUGGGGUGGAUGAAGACAAGUAGACGACGACGAUGGCGGCUUUAGUGGCGAAGGCGGAGGUGGUUGCGGGCGCGCGCGGGGGCGGGGAAGCAGCUGCACGGGGGACGGCCGGCGAGCGCAAGCGGCGGGGGAGGAGCAGCGUGUAGGCGGCGUGCAGCGGAGCGGCGCGCGGGCGGGCGGCGGCGGCAGGGGAAGCAGCAGCCCGGGCGGUGCCGCUCCACUGCCUUCUCCAUCCUUCUCCGCCGGCAGGGAGAACAGCUCGCCGCCGCCGGCGAGUUCGAGGACGAAGUCGACCGCUACUGGCCGCCCUCCCCAGACAAGAGGGAGAGAGGAGGAGGAAGGGAGCAGCGAUCCUGCUCCUCGUCACCGUCAGGCUCCCUGCUGGCGUCAUGCAGUGAGUCAUGAAGCGGCGGCGCAAGAGUCGAGGCCGCCGCAGGGGGCGGUGUGGCUACAUGAGGGGGCAAGAGGAGGGCCGCCCCGGAAGAGUCGCUGUCGGGGAGCGCCAAGGCGAUUAUCGCGGCCGCAUCAAUGUUCGAUAUGAUGGACGACGAGGUGGCGUCGACGACAGCGUGGGGGCGCGGCAAAACUGACGCGGCUGAGGCGGCGUCGGAGCUGGAGCUCAAGAUCAUGUGCUCCUGGUUCUACAGUAGCGGCUUCUAGCGGAGCCCCUCCUCCGGCUCCAGCUCCCACGCCUCCUCCCUAUGUCGGAAGAUGACGACAACGAGGCUGGCGUCCUCCGCUUGGCUCCGCCACCCCGUCGGCUUCGGGUGCCGUCACUCCGCCCGCGCGUCUGCUCACCGCCGCCCCACUCCGUCCCGCCAGGCGCCAGCUUCGCGUGGCGCUGGUGACUCAGCGACGAAGACCAAGGUUAAAGCACCACGGUGGACAAAACCAGUGCCACGUAGGAUAAAACCGUGUGAAAUACUGCCCUGGGACUACUUGUGACCGGUUUUGGUAAGUUAAGGGACCUUCGAUAUCUGGUUUUAUGGUUCGAGGACGUUUUUUUAUCUCGGUGACAAGUUGAGGGACCUUCGAUGUACUUUUUCCUUUCACGUUGGACCAAAAAAGGCAGCCCAGUUUUCAGCGUGUCCCCUACGCGGCCCAAUCUGCAAAACGCGCACGCGGGCAUCACGACGACUCUCCUGGAAGCCGGAAGGUGCGGUCAAACCGGCGUCGUCCGGAAGCGGACAUCGGCCCCGGGAGCGAGUAAACGAAGGUUGACGGCUCGACGCGUGUGCGACCCUGAACUGUCCCGUGCUGGGCUGGCGCUCGUGCUCAGUGGCCGGGAGACACGCGGUGGCGAGCGUCACACACGUGUGAAGCGCAGCGUCGCCGCCGGGUUCGAUCACAGCCGCCGCCGUUCGACGGAGGAUAUCACACCAGCUGCCGGCCAUCCACCCACAAUCGCCACGUCUAAACUCCACAAACAAUUAUGUAGUAAACUCCUGAAGUGCAAAGCCACUAGUAGCAUCAUCCUGAACUGGAACUUUAUGAGCGAAAAAGGAGCACUUGGCAAAGGUGAUUCUAGGGUCAAGGGAUAGCAAUCCAAAGCCAAUCGAAAUAUCAAGUCGGUCCGCAAACUGGAACGGACACACCGACGCUGACGCUCUCUGUUGCCCGCAAGACGGACGGUGACGUGUUGCGGCAGUAAUAUACAGUCCUGUUGAUAUCUUCGGUUGGAUGUGGUUUUCCUGGUUGUCGUGCUUCCGGUAAAGGAUUGGUACAGCCAGCCAAGGCGGCUUUCAAAAGUUAUACCUGCAGCUAGUUUUCUGGUACUAGCUCAUUGUCCUGUCAGUCACUUGAGCGGUACUCGACCUCAUCCUUUUGAGCAAUGGUCCAGCCUUUCGAUGCCUUUAUAUCAUGGAUAUUAUUCCACGCCGACUUCAAUUUUCCAGGGAACAGCUAAUUCAAUGGAAACCAUGAAGGAUUAAGCAUUAAGCAUCUUAGGUUAUUUUUGAGGGACCGAAUUAAGCUCAAUUAACAUCGAAUUAUGAUGUAGGUAUA